AUGGCCACCGCGACAGCGCCGCAAAACGGCGCCGCCGCCGCAAUUGGCGCGCACAAGGCACAGCCCUGCGAUCAGAAGACAGCCUCUGCUCCGAAACGCCGGAAGCCCACAGCUAAGAAAGUUGAAGACGAAGGACUGCUGGGAACGCUCUGCGCGCUGAUCUGCAAUCAUCAGAUUGGCAUCUCAGUCAACCUCCUCUCGCUGCUGUUCCUUACGCACAUCUUCUUCCCGCGCGCGCGAGAUCGAACCACCAAGUUCUUCCACAUGUCAUACUACAACCCCGAGACCGGCAUGUAUACGUGUGGCAUCGACGACCUGCCAUACGUCGUCUUCUGGACUGUGGUGUUCACAGGCCUUCGGGUCGCGGUCAUGGACUACAUACUGGACCCAUUGGCGAGGCUGGCAGGCAUGAAGACAAAGAAGAGCCUUGACAGGUUCAAGGAGCAGGCAUGGUUGAUUGUCUACUACACCAUAUCGUGGUCGCUUGGCAUGUACAUCAUGUAUAGCUUUGGCUUUUGGCUCAACCUCCAUGACAUCUGGGAAGGCUGGCCCUUCCGCGAGGUCGAAGGCGUCUUCAAGUGGUACUACCUUGUGCAAUGGGCCUUCUGGAUCCAGCAGAUCCUUGUUGUCAACAUUGAAGAGAAGCGCAAGGACUACGCCCAGAUGCUCACACAUCACAUUUUCACGACCGCGCUGAUGUUCCUGUCCUACGGCUACUACCACAUGCGCGUCGGUACCGUCAUCUUGUGCAUCAUGGACUUCGUCGACAUCAUUCUGCCUAUCGCCAAGCUCCUCAAGUACAUGGGCUACACUAACAUCUGCGAUAUCGCAUUCGGUGCCUUUGUGCUCUCUUGGAUCGUUACCCGCCACGUACUCUACAUGAUGGUCUGCUGGUCUGUCCACGCCCAUGCCCCUCUUCACAUCCCAGCCGGCUGCUAUUUUCCAAAGGGAGACAGCAGGUCCUUCAUCCCCAAGUCCAACGCGACCGAAUGGGAUCGCUACGGCGGAAACGCGCUCUGGGGCAGUCUCCUCAAAGGAUACACCGACCAGAACGGCCCCGUCUGCUGGAUCCCAGAGCUCCGCUACUGGUUCCUUGCGCUCCUCCUCACGCUGCAAGUGUUCUGUUUGGUGUGGUUCGGUCUGAUUGCGAAGGUUGUGUAUAAGGUACUCAAGGGUAACGGUGCGGAGGACGUGCGCUCCGACGACGAGGAAGACGAGGAGGUGCUCGAGGACGAGAAGACGGACACUGUUCUCAACAUGGCCACCUCAGGCGCAGAGAGUGGGUUGAGCCACCCGCUGGAAGAAGAAGUCGGCGUUGACGCGCUCACAUUUGCCCGUUUGAACGGCGCGAGCCAGAGGCGCCAGGCGAAGCGCGAGUCAAGCAGAGCAAGCGGAAUUAGCAUACCCGACCACAAGGAGCUGCUUGGGCGCAUUGGGUGCGACAAGCCGUCGUAG